UUGACUUUUGACGUGGUGGUUUGGGCUGAUAUUGGCACUGAUUGGCACAUGACACCGGUGUUUAAUAGCUGGUUCAUACAAUUUUGAAAACAAUCAUGACUUUGUAUCAUUUUGGAAACUGCGUUGCUCUAAUUUAUGUGCCAUAUUAUUUAAUAUACAAAUAUUCAGGACUUUCUGAGUAUGGAGCAUUUUGGAAAUGUAUUCAAGCAGGAGGAAUUUACGUUUUUAUUCAGCUUGUAAAAAUGUUGGCUUUGGCUACAUUUUUUCCCACAACUGACAAUACAGUACAAGAAGGAUUUGAAUUUUUUGGUGAAUUUUCAAAGUAUUCAAUUGAUUUACUGGACCUAGUGGGAAUCUUCUUGGUUCUCAAUAGAAUACCUGGUAAAGGACAUGCAAAAAUUUUAACUGCUGGAGUUGGUUGGGCAGGUGCUGAAGUACUAUUAACAAGAUUUCUUUUGUUGUGGAUUGGUGCAAGAGGUGCUGAAUUUGAUUGGAGGUAUAUUCAAAAAAGUCUGGAAUCAAAUAUUUUACUUAUUCAGCAUAUAACAACAGCUUGUUUAGUAUGGCUAUGGUCACGACAUGAUUUACGACGAGUAUUAGUACCAUUGGUUAUUACAAUGCUCAUACUCACUGUAUAUCGUCCACUUACAGUUGACAUACUAUCAUCGAUGUUACUUAUUAGUCCAUGGACAUCACUUUUAAUUAAAGCUAUCGUGACAUUAGGCACCGGUGGAAUUACAUUAAAUUUAUACUCUGGCUUAGCCAAUUCAAUUGGUAUUUUUUAAAAAGAUCAAAUCAUCAUUUGCUAGGUACUAAUUCAUCGUGUAAUAAUAUUUUUUUUUUUUUUAUAUAGAUAUAUAAACAGUUUGUUUAUCUUCUAAUUUUUUUUAGUUUCUUUAUUUUAAAAUAUUUUUCUAGUAAUAUAUAUAUAUUGAUGAAGAAUGAAUGAGAAUUAGAAUGAUUAUAAGAUACUGAAAAUGCGAGGAAUUACAUUCGUUCGUUGUCUAUGAAAAUAAAUGAUCAAACAAAAAAUAGUUAGCAAUUUAAUUUUUACAAUGAUGUAGGUUUUUUAAAUCGGUUCGUGUUAUGACUGACUUUUAAUUUACUGUCGGGUAACAACAACACUUGCUUGAUCAAUACAACCAAAAUUAAAAAAA